AUUUGACGGUUCUACUUUGAUGACAUCAAAGCAAUCCUCCCAGAGCCACAACCUGCCCCAUCCUCACCUUGACACUUCUUUGUAUCCAGAUACAGGCUGGGGGAUGGCUGGUGAUUGUAAUCAUGCAGCUCACUCAACUCAGAAACAUUAUUUCCUGCUGGACUCACUCUCACUGAAACCAGCUUCAUGAAGCAAGACAACGGAGCCACAACAAUUUAAGGGACAUAUUUAUAAUGACAAUCACUUUUUUUUUUUGUUAGUUUCAUUGUGAGGAAUAAAGUCAAAUGAUUUAUGAGAAGAUGGCGCCCACUUGGUUCAUGGCUGUGGGCAUUUUAUUAAUCGUAUUUCAGGCCUCAGCUUUAGAGAGCACAGAGGAGCCAAAAUGUGUACCAGGAUUCAAGUCAGAUGUGUUGAUCUUCAGAGUGACCAGAAAGCACCUGGGGCCGGGUACAAGGCUGGGCAGAGUGGGCUUUAAUGACUGCACACACCGCACAAGAUUUCCUUUCAUCAGUAAUGACAGACGUUUCAUCGUACAUCCAGAUGGGAUAUUGAUGGUAAAGAGAAUGGUUGCUCUUCUUGAAGGACACCAGGACUUCUUUAUCCACUCCUGGGACUUGCACGGCCAAAAAAUUACUGUUCCAGUCACAGUCGUGCACUAUGGGCAUCUCCAUGGACAAAAUGAUGGGCAUCACCAUGGACAUCCCGAGCAAAAUGUUGAGCAUCACAUCGGAGAGCACAGUCACCACAACAAUCAGCACCACUUGAAUGAAGUUGACUCUGCUAAUGAAACAGAGAAUGCAACCACCCCAGAGGUGCCUGUUCUGAAAUUCCCCAAGUCUGGUGAUGGAUUGAAGAGGAGGAAGAGAGACUGGGUUAUUCCUGCCAUUAAUGUUGCUGAAAAUCACAGAGGACCCUAUCCCUUUAAAGUAUCUCAGAUCCGUUCUGAUAAAGAUGAUGUGAAGAUGAUAUAUUACAGCAUCACUGGUCCAGGAGCUGAUGAGCCUCCCUACGGCCUUUUCACAAUGGACAGGAUCACUGGUAGUUUGUAUCUGACACAGCCUCUAGACAGAGAGAAGGUGGACAAGUACACGUUUGCAGCACAUGCCGAGGCAGAGGGGUCACGAAAUGCCGACGAGCCGAUGGAUAUUGUAGUGAAUGUAAUAGACCAGAAUGACAACAAACCUGCUUUUUUUCAAGAUACAUUUCUGGGAGAAGUUCCUGAAUCAUCACCAACAGGAUUUGAGGUGAUAAAUGUCGUGGCCACAGAUAUCGACGAGCCGGAAAAUCCAAAUUCGAUUGUUCGUUAUCGUAUUCUGACCCAGGAUCCAGAGUUUCCCAGUGGCCCACUGUUUGCGAUCAACCCAGUCACUGGAGCAAUCAGAGUCAAUGCCCGUGGGCUAGACAGAGAGAAACACCCAAAGCACACUCUGGUGAUAGAGGCAGCAGACAUGGAGGGAGAAGGGUUGACUGUAACUGCAAGAGUAAUCAUCACUGUAUCAGACAGCAAUGACAACCCUCCAGCUUUCACUCAGUCCACUUAUGAUGCAACGGUACCAGAGAAUAGAGUGGACGCUCUGGUCAUUACGAUGGCAGUAACAGAUGGUGAUGAGCCACAUUCACCAGCCUGGAACGCCAAAUUCAAGAUUGUUGAUGGUGAUCCUGGAGGCCUGUUCACAAUCACAACAGGAAGUAACAAACAGGAAGGGAUCAUUACUACUGCCAAGGGUCUUGACUUUGACAUGAUCAGCAAGCACACUCUGUUGGUUGCAGUGGAGAAUGACAUCCCAUUUGCUACUCCACUGCCUACUGCCACAGCCACAGUGGUGGUGAACGUGCAGGAUGUCAACGAAGCUCCAGUCUUUGAACCAGUUGAAAAGUUUGUGUCCAAACGGGAGAACCUUCCAGUUGACAGUGACGUGGUGCAGUACAUUGCUUCUGACCCGGACAUUGCAUGCAAACAGACAGUCAUGUAUAAAAUAAUCAGCGACCCUGCAGGCUGGCUGAACGUGGCCAAGGACACAGGCCUGAUCAAGGUGAAAGGGAUCAUGGACAGAGAGUCACACUUUGUCAAGGACAGCAAAUACACAGCACUCAUUGGUGCAUACGACAAUGAUGAAGUCCCGGCCACAGGAACUGGUACUCUGAUUAUACAGCUUGAAGACGUCAAUGACAAUGCACCCAUAAUUGAGGAACGUACAAUAAAGGUGUGUAACAAGGAAUCUGCUCCUCAGCUGCUUUCAGUAACAGAUAAAGAUGGACCUGGCUUUGCUGCUCCAUACAGUGUCUCUUUACAGGGCAUGUCCAAGAACAACUGGACCGCUCGGAGGAAUGAUUCCAAAACGGGCAUCGUACUUAAUUUAGCCACUGAGCUGGAAAGUGGAGAAUACACUGUGGUCCUGAGGCUUAGAGACAACGAUGGCAUGGAGCAGGACAACACCGUCCAGGCCACCGUGUGUGACUGCACAGGAAAGAUUGUGUCCUGUUCAGGGACAAUUGAGGUUGGAACAAGCCUGCCCAUGAUUUUUGGAAUAUUGGGAGGCAUCUUGUGGCUGCUCAUGCUGCUACUGCUGCAAGUGUUGCUGCUGCGGCUGAUGUUUGCGAGACGGAGAGGAUAGAAGCUUCUCAUGAAUCUUAUUGAUUUGCUGCGAUUGUCCUCAUCCCCAAUUGUCUGCAGUCUCCAUAUUGAGCAGCUGAGUCUACAUUUCAUCUCAUUCAAAUCUUCUACCCAUCUCCAUUCUCUUCCAACCAUCAACCACCACCAGUGUCUACACUGAGUAUACUAUACUCAGCUUCACACACUUUCUAUCAUGAUGAAAUCCUGAGCUUCCUGACAUCACUUCCCCUUUUUUUGGGCACAGCAAUACAAUUUUAUAUUCUAUCUGAAUUAAAUGAUAAAUAGUGUAUUUUCUAGUCUUGAUGACCACACAGCUCUUUACAGUACAGUUUUACAUUCACCCAUUCACACACACAUGCGUACAGUGCAUCUAUUAGCAGCACUUUGUUGCUCUAUGAGGGGCAAUUUGGGGUUUAGCAUCUUGCCCAAGGGCACUUUAGCAUGCAGAUGAGAAAGACUGGGGAUUGAACUGCCGACCUUUAGGUUGGAGGACGACCACUCACCUAGGUGAGGUUGUACUUUAAACUAAAGGUAGCACAUUAAAAGGUGAGGAUCGAUUUCUAAAUUGCAAAUCAACACAGCAGUGAUAAAGGUCGGGAGAUAAUUCAACUUUGUCCCUUUUAUCAUCACUGAAAUUCCUAAGUCUAAGCAUUUACAGGUGCUAAUUGUGUCCUGCAAUAUCCACAAAUGAUGCCAUUUGAGUCAGCAUCCGUUGGGUCUGAAAACUAGUAAAGAACUCAAAGGAUAUGGAGUUAACAAGAAGUGAGUUUCUAAACUCUAUAAGCAGCAUAACCCACCAUCAUCUCUGACCUUAUGUUUCAGUGUCUGUACAAAACAACAGUUAGGAGAGGUUGUCCAUAUGCACCAGCAAAAUAGUGCAUGAUGUAACAUCAUGAACUUUGGACAGGAUUUGACAGUAAAGAGAUAUGAAAAAGAUCUGUGGUUUAGCUAUAUUGAUUUUUAAGUCUGACAAUGUUUCAGUACAGUGCUGAAUCUUACAAGUAAACAAGCUGGAUCUUUUCACAAUAGAGAUCCCCCCUUCCUUCCUGGGUUGUAUGGGCAGUAGCUCCUGGAAGGUACUGUACAUGUGAACAGUACAGCUUCUAGUACUGCUUGUUAAGUCUUCAGGUUGUGUAACGCCACUGGAGGGAAUGACGGUGGUGGACAGUACUUUCAUCAGUCCAAAGCCUGAUGACUCAUAUCAUUUUUCUCAUCAACCCAUUCAGUGGCAAUGAAUGCAAUCCCAAUGACAGUGAAUCAUGUGAAUUUUUGUUUCAAUACUCAUUUAUUCAGGGUUUUCAAGAUUGAAGAUAUCAUCUUAAGCUAUGGGGAGCUAAGCUAUUUUUAAACUUCUCUAACAUUUGAUAGGCAGCAGCUUCAACUGCUGUAUCAUCAGAAUGUCAAGUUCGCAAAAAAGAGGAAAUACACAGGACCAUAUCUAUUUCUGCUUUCAGUAGUGAAGUGCAAAGUAUACGCACAUAUAUGGCAUAUAUACACACGCAUUUCUCAAUCAGCAUAGAGUAUAUCCACUUCAAAAUUGCCUGUGGUUCAUUAGUGUCCUGCAAUACAUAUUUGUCCUAGCACAGUGAAAACAUCACCUGCUUUACUCUGCCUCUGAUUUGUAAGCUGGCCUGCAUUCGUUUUUUUGCAAAUGUAAAGUUCAUACAGAGUAUUCUCACCUUGAGUCUUCAAUCCACGUAUCUGCCAUACUAAUCCCAGCAUACAGACAAAUUCUGGAGUUUUGUACAUAAAUUCUGGCCAGGGGAGGCUGUCUUAGCAGAAGGCUUGAGCUGGAGGAGCACAUACGCUGCAUCCAGAAGCAUAACUCAAAGUAUUAGGAAAUAAUCUGUCACUUCAGUGCCAGUGAAGCAAAACAGAAUUAUGCAACAAGAAUAACUGUCUUCAAAGACAGCAGAUGCUUAUGGAAGAGCAUCCAGGUCAUUACAACCUAUUGAGUACAAACAUAAUAUCACACUGUUCAGUCUCCAUGAAACAAAAUUAUCUGUGCAAGAAUGAACAGGUUCAUUUAAGCUGAUAUAAGUAUGUACAUGUUGAUUAGUUGAGUCAUGAGCAUUGUGUGAUUCAGGCUAAUUCAGGCUCCAUAAAUCCUCUUCCUUUUUAAAGCACUUCUUGGACACAUUUGACUGAGGGUAAAACACCAGCUUGUAGUUUCCACCUGUUAUAACCUCCCUCUAUGCCAGAGCCCUCUGCUGUCAACAGCCUCUUCACGUCACAUUCACCUGACCGAGGCCUCCGAAAUGUUUUUAUUAAUUGACUUUUGACAUUGCACAAAUGCAUUAUUGCUUUUGACAUAAGUGAGAACUUGAUAAAGAAAUUGUUUGUGAUAUUUUUGUUUUAAGAUGUUGCCCUCUUAUACAUUUAGUAAUGUGUUCUAUAAAUAAAAAAACGUUAUUAUUA